AUGCCUCCGACACAGGCUCAAGAGGUUCGUCCUUUCGUAGGGGUAGUCGAGACGACGGUAGAUGCUAUGCACAUCGCUCUUGCAGCAAGGCUUGGUAUCAUACCGCGAAUUCAACGACGAUUGAACGAUGAGGAGAGGUCAACAAUGCUGAAGUCUGGUGCUGUAUUCUGCUUCGGAGUCGAGGAGAGUGGCAUCAAGAGAUGGACAGACGGCAUUGCUUGGACCCGGUCCAGGAUUCUUGGGAACUUUCUGGUCUACCGAGAGGUGGUGGGCACCGAGGCUCCGGUAGGAAGAGGCCCGUCCCUGCACUCCACGGGAAGAGCUUUGGCAGGAGACCGAAGCAGACCAGAGGAUGCUUUAGGUCCGCUCAAUGAGGAUGCCCUGUGGAAAAAGACCAUUAGCAUUCGCAUGGAGGGUACACUCUACCAUGUCAUCUCCUACUUCACAGAGGAGGACCUCCGUCUUGGUCGCCUCCAGAGACCGACAAGCAGAAGGGAUCUCAUGCAACUUGUCAUUACUCCUAACAUGAUACUCCCGUCCGACUUUCGUGCACCACCGCCCAUCAAGACCGGACAAGAUGGUAGACCGUACCUAUUCGAUGCUGAGGAGCGUAGUUCCUACGCAGACAGCGAGAGACGAAGCUUCAGCAUCGCCUGCCCAAUUCAACAAGAACAGACAUCCGCGGCGAAUUCUUUCAGAGAUCCUGCUGCAUCGCAAGAACUCCAGGGAUUCAUGCAUCGGUGGGCGAUCCCGCUGCCAGAAGGAGAGAGCCCACACGAGCCGUCUAUCUCCCCCACACUUCAUACACUCUCGUUUCCACCAUUACAUCCACCGACGUCGCAACAGUUUUUCACAGCAUCGUCCUCGUCGGGCGAGGCUUACUAUGGCGAUAACAACACGGUCUACCAGGACAGCUCCUACUAUCCCGGAAGGCAGGAUGAAGAUGCCUCGGACGGGGAUGCCUCCUAG